AUGUGCACCAACAUAGUUUACGAGUGGCUCAAAGCGCUGCAGCUCCCACAGUACGCGGAGUCCUUCGUGGAUAACGGCUACGAUGACCUGGAGGUGUGCAAGCAGAUCGGGGACCCGGACCUGGACGCCAUCGGGGUGCUGGCGCCCGCGCACCGCCGCCGCAUCCUAGAAGCCGUGCGCCGGCUGCGGGAGCAGGACGCCGCGGCCGCCGGCCUCUACUUCACGCUGGAGCCGCAGCCCGCGCCCCCCGGGCCGCCCGCGGACGCCGUCCCCACUGGCCGCCGGGGGGAGCCGUGCGGCGGCCCGGCCCAGGGCAACCGUGGGGACCCCCGCGGCCAGACCACCGCCCCCCGCAGCAGAGAGCUGGUGAGCUACCCCAAACUGAAGCUGAAGAUCAUGAUAAGGGAUAAGCUCGUCCGGGAUGGCAUCCACCUGAGCAAGCCCCCGUACUCCCGCAAGGUAAGGGGACGCCGCCUGGGCGGCUCGGGCGCGCGGCGGGAGGGGACGCGGCUCAGCCGCUUCUGCCAAGGCUUGUUACCCACUCCCAGGUGA